GCGCCCGGUUGACCUCCACCUUACCUUUACGUUCGCGGCUCGUAUCGACGUCAUAUGAGCGAAGUGGUCGUAAUUUGACAACAUCCACCACCUUCUCACGAACAUCGAUUUCGCUCGUCAAGACUUUCAGUGUCAACUACAACAACACAAGAAGCUUCACAAACAACACCUGUAAAAUGUCCAAAAACAGCGAAUGCUGCCCUCCUCAGUCCAACUCCAAUCCCUCCAAGCCCAAUGUCCCCCACCCCACCUCUGACCCCAUUGGUUACAAGUACAAAGGCGAAUUCCAGUCCGUGGCUAACUAUGACAAGGUCUACGUGACUGGACCGGAUAAUGCCAAGCACGCUUUGGUGGUGAUUUAUGACAUUUUUGGCUUCUGGGACACUACCAUCAAAGGCUCUGAUACUCUCGUCUCCCACUUGGCCAGCACCUUCCCCACCAAGGUCCUUAUGCCGGAUGUUUUCAAGGGGAAGCCUUUCCCUGCCGACAAGGAUGGCGAUAAAGAGACUCUUCAAAAGUUCUUUGCGACUACUGCCAAGCUGGAUGACAGAUUGCCGGAGGUGCUCGAUUUUGCGAAAGAGCUUCAGAAGAGCUACGAAAAGGUCUCAAUCUUGGGUUACUGCUGGGGUGGCAAGUUGACUCUUUUGUCUCUGGCUGAGGGCACACCUUUCAACGCCGGUGCCGUUGCGCACCCUGCCAUGAUUGCCCCUGAAGAUGGCGAGAAGCUCUCUGUCCCUCUUGGCUUCUAUCCCAGCCAUGAUGAACCCAAGGAUGUGGUUGAGAAGAUUGUCAAUGACUUUAAAUCCAAGCCCUUCGGUGACAAGUGCGGAUACCAUCUCUACGACACUGUCCAUCAUGGUUGGGCAGCUGCACGAGCCAAUUUGAAUGAUCCCGAGAAUGUCAAGCAGUUCGAUGACGUUUACAAGAGGCUUUCAGAGUGGUUCGCUUCUGUCAAAGCCUAAUUUGCUCUUAGCGUACAAGAGUAUAUGAAAAGGAAAGAAAAGUUGAAAGAAGACAGUUGUAAAGAUCAUGCAGCAUUCAUCGUUACCAAUUUCUGCUCUGCAGCCAGCGACGUCUGGUUCGAAAUCUGUAUGUGUAGUUUUCACGUCUGUCCCACUCGCCUGAGCGGCCUCUCCAUCGUUUAUAUGAAGGAGACAGCGGAUUCCGUCGACCACUAAGACCGUCAGCCUAUUCAUUCUGGUGCCCUACAACGAGGGAACUUACGGGUAAUAACGGUUUCGAGCCAUGGAAGCCAC